AUGAAGAUAGAGUCAACGUCUACACCUGUAACGUCCUUCUUCAAGACACAGACCGAUGAUGACGUCACCCGUGCUGAAUGCCUUUUUGCAAAUUUCAUAUGUGAACACAACAUCGCCUUCAACACUGCAGACCACUUCACCAAACUGUGUAAGCUGAUGUUCCCGGACAGCAAGAUUGCCCAGAAGUUCCAUUGUGGACGGACUAAGACAACACAGAUUGUGAAGAAGUCUCUGGCUCCAGACCUGCAGAAAGUUGUUGUUGACCACCUGAAGAACAAGCCAUUUUCCCUCAGUUGUGAUGAGAGCAACGACACCCAUGGAGAGAAGAGUUUAGCAGUUCUUGUGAGAUAUUUUACCACAGAAGCAAACACUAGAUUCUUGGCCAUGCCCAUUUGUAAUAUCGGAACAGGGGAAAACAUCUUUAAACACCUAAAUGAGAUCUUCAUUGAGAACGAGAUUCCAUGGAAGAACUGUAUUAGUUUCAUGUCGGACAACUGCAGUGUCAUGACCGGACGCAACAAUUCUGUGAUCAGCCGGAUCCGUGAGGUACAGCCAGAUAUUUUUGACUUGGGAUGUAUUUGUCACCUUGCCAACCUGUGUACUGUUGCUGCAGUUAAGAGCCUCCCACUGCCAGUUGAGGAUCUUCUGAUAUAUGUUUAUUACCACUUCCAUCACAGUGCUAAACGAAAGGAGCAGUAUAAGGAGUUCAUGGACUUUCUGGAUGUUGAUCCUUCCAAGAUCCUUAAACACUGUGCAACCAGAUGGCUGAGCCUCUUUAGAGCAGUGGAUCGACUUCUUCAUCACUGGCCAGCUCUGAAGUCCUUCUUUGUCUCCCAUGAGGAUGUUGAUAAGCCUGGACGAGUGAAAAGAUGUGCAGACCUCCUCUCCAACCCUGAGAUGCACAUGUACUUCCACUUUUUACGCUUCAUCCUUCCAUUCCUGAUGGAGUUUAACACCAUGUUUCAGGCUGAUGAGACUCGCUUGCCUUACCUAGGACAAGAAAUCAGACUCCUUCUGAGGAAGCUUCUAGGAAAGUUUGUCCAGGCCAAAGUCAUUAAGGAGACAAAGGAUAUCACACAUAUUCCUUUCAAGGACCCAGCUUUACACCUGGAUGAUUCUUUUCUAGCCAUAGGCCUCUCCACCAGAGCAUACCUCAGUCAGCACGAGGAUGAUGUUGAACCAUCAGCAGUAUCAAGGUUUCACCACAGCAUCAGAGGAUUUUACAUGGCUGCUGUUGACAAGAUGGUGGAAGUUUCCCUUCCAUGA